AUGGCUCAAGAAUAUACUUGCGCAGAUUUCGAAGGUUUAAGUGGUCCUACACAAAAUGUUCUUGUCAGUAUUGGAAACUUCAUUCGUACUUUUGCUUCCAGUGUCGUGCAUUACGAAUAUUAUGUUGCUUGGAUUGGUGCCAUAGUCAAUGUGUUACACUUGUAUAUUUUAUCACGAAAGUCGAUAAGAUGUAACAGUAUAAACAUAUUUUUGAUGGGUACUGGUAUUUGCGACAUGUUUUGCUUGUGCUUAUUUAUACAUGCGUACACACUGACACUCAUUUUUCCAGAUGAUAGAUGCUGGAAUUACCACAGUUACAUUAACGUUUUUAUCGAAGUAUGGGUGUCAUCAUUAAACGAUGUGCUACGACGAGCAUCUGCCUGGCUUAGCGUGAUGAUGGCAUUAACUCGAUUUUUGAUCAUGAAAAAUUCACUGAAUCCUAAAUACCAGUUUCUGUCAAAACCUAAAUUUGCAUUAAUAUCUAUGUUUUUGGCAUUUUGGGUGUCUCUACUUGUGUCCGUAUUUUAUUUAAUUCGCGUUACAAUUACGGAAGUUGAACCAUGGACCCCAGCAGAUUAUUGCGCCGACUAUCUGGCAACUUACAGCGAAAAACAGUAUUCGAGUAGUGUUACUAAAUAUUUCGAAGCAAAUAUUGUUGCGGCAGUUCAAAUAUUUUUGGUUAUGGAUGGGUUAUCAAAGACAAUACCUGCUGCAAUUCUUCCAACUCUAACAGUUCUUCUGAUUAGAGAACUCAAGGUCGCCAGUGACUCAAAACGGAAAAUCUCAGUGGCAAUGAGAAAAGGCAAUGAAAAUUCAAAAACUGACCAUACUACAAAGAUGGUAAUCCUAAUGACAAUAUGCUUUAUGUCUGCUGAAGGCCCUAUGGGUAUUUGUACGGUUGUUCAAGGUUUUGUGGUUGAAAAAUCUGGAUAUCUCGGAAUCACAUUUGAUCUAGUGGUCAUUUUUGGGUUAUUCGUCACAAUAAAUGCAAUUUCUCAUUGCUUAAUUUGCCUUGCCGUGUCUACUCAAUAUCGGAAAUGUGCAAAAAAAGUGUUUUGCUGGGAUCGAUGCACUGCAAGGAAAAAAUUUCCUACACUAGGAACUUUUUAA